AUGCCGGAAAGUGGCAUGACUUUUGCGUCUUUCAAGGAUGAUGAACAGAUCGGCUCUCGCCGAGAGGUUUUGCUGCUGGGAGCAGACCUGCGAGAUGUGGCAGAGGUUCGAGUGGAGUUGAGCGGUGUGCCACUGCUUCCAGAUGGCACCGUUGUCGUCUUUGUCUCGCGUACCGCUACGCUGCGCGAGGUUAAAGAAGCUGCAGCACGCAAGCUGUUGGCGAAAGAGGCUGGUGCCAGUGGGCCGACUGCGGCCCAUGUUGCGGAGGUGCUUGUGGUUGUGCAGUACGUCAGCCGGGAACCGACAAGUCGCAGCAAGUCGAACCGGGAACGGCUCUCGUACGAGCUCGCGUACAAAACCGAUGAGCAAAAGGCAUUGGCAAUUGCCGACCUUGCUGCAAAGGGUGAAACCCUGGUUGCCUCUCACCUCGAUUACAUAGUGUCAGAGCUUCAGCGGAGCUCCAGUGCAGAAAUCAAGCAGGCAGUUUGCAAAGCAGUGAUUGCUGCCGGACAAGCCUCUCUUCCUUUCUACCAGGACAUUGUCGGUCUGAUCGGUGACCAAAGUCCCGAGGUCCGCUACUGGGGUUGCCUCGCUGUGGGGACAAUGGGAAGCUCCGCAUCAGGAGCCAAGCGACAGAUUCGGAAUCUUCUCCAAGACUCGUCGGAAGCUGUUCGUUUCGGCGCUUGCUCUGCUCUGGGCGGCAUCAAGGCUGAAGAUUGCACAGAUGACUUGAAGAACAAGCUAGACGACCCCUCUCCUGAAGUCCAGGGUGCUGCUUGCCUCGCGCUAGGGAGAAUGGGCGUUGCUGGAGCAAGGUAUGCUCCUAUGGUUGUUCCGAAGCUGAGCGAUCCUCGAUCUUGCAACGAUGCCCUUAAAGCCCUUGCUCUUAUGGGACCGGAAGGCAGCAAACAUUGCGAUAAAGUCGUGGAGUGCCUGUGCAAUGAAGACGCUGAGACCCGGGCCCUGGCAGCCUCGGUGGUUGGGAAGAUGUCUGAGUAUGUCAAAGACACUCCUGCGGCCAUGAACCGCAUCCUGGAUCUCACAAGAGAUGAGGAUGGCCGCAAGCGAGUCGCUGCAGUUCUGGCAUUGGGCUACAUGGGUCGCGAUGCGGCAUCUCACAAGGGCAUUCUUCAGGACUGCCUCAUGGAUGAAUUUGAGGAGGAGGCAGAAAAUGCCUUGACCCAAGGUGGCUGCAGGGGUCGACUUCCACCUUCUUGCAGGAAGGCCAAAUGCGCGGCAGCAGCUGCGCUGGCACGCAUUGCCGCCCAGGACCAGGGAUAUGGCUGGGAAUCUACUGCUGCGGAUGUUGCAAGGCUCCUCGGCAGUGAGGAUUGGGAAGUGAAGCUGUGCGCGCUCGAGUGCUUGAGCGCCCUAGGCCGGAGAGCACGCGAAAACACGGACAAGGUGGUUGGUCAGCUCAGCGAUGAGAAGUACAUCAUCCGAGCGAAGGCUGCAACUGCUUUGGCCAACAUCGGGGACCUUGAGAGCAUCGGCCUCAACAAGCUCUCCGAGCUCCUGCAGGACACCUGUCCUGCAGUCAAGUCAGCGGCAGCUCUUGCUUUGGCCGAGCUAGGUGACGAUGGCGCAGAGUAUUGCAACAAGGUUUUUGACCUCUUGACCGACAUCAGCGCAGAUGUCCGAGCUGCUGCAGUAACUGCGCUCUCCAAAAUGCGUGACAAGGGUCGGUAUUUCACCACCGUCAUUGCUCAGCGACUGAAGACAGAAGGGGAAGACCCCAAGGUGCGCGUUGCGGCCAUGGAAGCACUUUCAGCUCUCGAGGAGAGAAGUCUCGCCUUCCUGGACCUGAUCAAGCAGCAUCAACGGGAUGAAGUGCCGAGUGUGCGCGAGGCCGCAUCAAAAU